CUGCUGAGAUACAUUGUCUAGCGAUAGUUCUCGGGUUUGUGUUCUAGUGUUCUGUUCUGUCUGAAGUUCAAGUAAAGUCUUGAUUCUGAUAAUGGCAGAAGGAUCUGGACGGACGGACUACAUUACUUGGGAUGAAUAUUUCAUGGGUAUAGCACUCCUAUCCGCAGAACGCAGUAAAGAUCCCAAGCGCCAGGUCGGUGCGUGUAUAGUUAAUAAUGAGAAGAAAAUCGUCGGCGUUGGAUAUAAUAGUAUGCCCUACGGAUGCGACGACGCCAAGUAUCCUUGGAAGAAAGGCCCGAAAGACAGUUUAAAAGCAAAAUAUCUUUACGUGUCUCACGCGGAACUUAACGCGAUAGUCAACAAAAAUUCGAGUGAUGUUAAAGAGUGCAAGAUCUAUGUCACUUUCUUCCCAUGCAACGAAUGCACAAAACUGAUAAUACAAAGCGGCAUAAAGGAGAUAAUAUAUAAAGAAUAUCCUAAAAAGGACAAACCGGAGUGGAUAGCUUCAAAAAGAAUGCUUGAUGAUGCUAAUGUUGUAUACCGCCGAUAUGACGCUAUGUCCUCAAGAUCAAACAUAGUACUUAACUUGAAAUAUACUUUUCCUCGAUGUGUAAUACUUCUACCAAAGGCGAUAAUACAGUCCGGCAUAAGGACAGUUGUGUACCUGUCGGAUGACAAGGCGGAGAAGCCCAAGACGAUAGCUGCGAAGAAGAUGUUCGACGCUGCCGGUGUCACGUACAGGCCAUACAGUCUCAGGAAUGAAAAGAUCGAGAUCAACUUCGGCGAUAUUAGAUGCAACGAAAGGAGGAAGAAUUUAUCUGAGUCUCCUACGAAAUUCGCUUUUGUCUUGCUGUUACAAUCCGAACCUCUUACUGAAGUAAAACAGAAUUGUUCGAAUAGAAGUUUAGUUCUGAGAACAAUGGAGAGAACGCUGGGUACAAGGAGAACGCUUUGUCAAGAUUGGGACGAGUAUUUCAUGGCUCAGGCAGUCUUAGCUGCGAGACUUAGCAGGAAUCCUUACAGCCAGGUCGGCGCAUGUAUCGUUAAUAAUAUAAUGAAAAUCGUCGGCAUUGGGUAUAAUGAUAUGCCUAGGGAACGUGACGACUAUAAGUUCUAUUGGCACAUCCCGAGAGGCACUUCAAUGCCCUACGCGGAAAUUAAUGCGUUGCGCAGCAGAAAUUCGACCGACGUUGCAGAUUGCACGAUUUAUGUCACUUUAUUUCCAUGCGACAACUGCGCAAAAGAGAUAAUAGAAUUUGGCAUAAAGACAGUGGUGUAUCUGUCGAAUAAGAACGUCUGCAAUUACAAAACAAUGAAUGCGGAGAGUCUGUUUGAUUCUAAUAGUGUUGCGCACAGGCUAAUGAACAAGAAGAUAGAAAUUAACUUUAUUGAUAUCACCUGCAACAGGACGAAUCAAACACCGCAGACUCCAAUGAAUGGCGAGGGUCAAAGGAGGGAAGCCGAAGUGGAGGGAUCUCCGCUACCCAAGAUUUCCGUCUCGGUGCAGCAGGUCCAGGGUCCAGACGAGUCAGAAGAUUUCCGACUGGUGAACGGCUUAGGGUUUGGUGUUCAUAUCGGUUCUGUAGGCGAGAAUCAACACCAGAGCCUGACAGAACGAGAGUCUUUCCUGCGAUCUUUGGACGAGAUUAUGCUCUCCAGAAGCUCUUUGACUAGGCUGACUCACUUUACGGAAGAUACAACAGAUCACGAGAGAUUCGUAUCACACGAGACUUAUGUAUUCUAUCUAUUCUUCAUACUAAGCAAAUCUUCUAAUAGGACGGACUACAUUACUUGGGAUGAAUAUUUCAUGGGUAUAGCACUCCUAUCCGCAGAACGCAGUAAAGAUCCCAAGCGCCAGGUCGGUGCGUGUAUAGUUAAUAAUGAGAAGAAAAUCGUCGGCGUUGGAUAUAAUAGUAUGCCCUACGGAUGCGACGACGACAAGUAUCCUUGGGGGCAAGGCGAGGAAGACAGUUUAGAUGCAAAACAUCUUUAUGUGUCUCACGCGGAACUUAACGCGAUAGUCAACAAAAAUUCGAGUGAUCUUAAAAAUUGCAAGAUCUAUGUCACUUUCUUCCCGUGCAACGAAUGCGCAAAACUGAUAAUACAAAGCGGCAUAAAGGAGAUAAUAUAUAAAGAAUAUCCUAAAAAGGAGGGCAAACCGAAGUGGAAAGCUUCAAAAAGAAUGCUUGGUGAUGCUGGUGUUGUAUGCAGCCGAUUUGACGAUAUCAAUACGUCCACAAGAUCAAGGAUAUUACUUAACUUCGAAAGAGAAAGAGACUAGGGGAUGAUCCAGUCUUCAACCGACCUGUAGCAGAGAGAUCAAAAGCGAUGCAACAAUGGAUACCUAAAUAUAUAAUAAUUCUGACGAAACUCGUUUUGUCUUUACUCAGCAUUUGGUGAACAAAAAGAACAGAAUGAUUCUGCCGAUAAUUGGCAGUGAACUCUAAAUUAACGAAACUGUCUGUAUAUCAAUAUGAUCCUUGAUACUAAAUAAUAUAUUGUAUGAAUCAUUCUGACGGCAGUGUUUGUCUUACCUUAUUCUUCUGUUACUUCUUUCACACGAUAAAUAUGUCCUAUAUAAAAAAACAACAGUCAUAAAAAUAUACUUAGUUUCUGUAAUUCUAAAUAGCAACUUAAUAAAACCUGAAACAAGA